AUGGCUUUUAAAUCAAAUUCUCUUUUGACUCUUUCAAUGAUGAUAGUAAUUGCUUCCACUUUUUGUCAUGCUUUUACUGUAAUCGAUAAUCGAAAGUUACUGAAUUCGUUUGAAGUUGUAUUGAAUACUCUAGAUCCGUCUCUAUCAAAGGAUGAUUGGCAGCUCAUAAAAGAUCCAAAAGAUCCUAAAGUGGUAGACAUAGCAAAAUUUGCAGUAAAUAGUGAAAAUAUCAUAUCACCAGAUGUUCAAUUGAGACUUGAGAGUGUGUUGAAUGGAAGAUUUCGAGUUGAUAACAAUGGUACCACUUAUGAAUUGACAAUUGUUGCUAUAGAUUUCGAUGAAGAAAGUGAAUAUAAAACGAUGGUUUUCGAAAAUUAUAAGGAUAAUGUUAGAAAACUCAUUUCCAUCACUUGGAUAAAACGUAAAGGUAUCAACAAUUAG